AUGUCUACAACGCACAGUGCUCUUCCAGAAGGCUUUCAAGGUCUUGCGGACGACGCUUUGAAGCCGCGGGUCUGCCGGGGCUUUUUCAACCAGCAGCUGCUGUGGCUCGUCAAAGGCUUGGCCGGUUCGGUGCAAACUGCUUGCAGUCCAGGCACGCGAUUGCUCCCUCGCCCUCCCUGCAUGGUGGAGCGGGACAGCGCCAUGCAGUUACUCAAGCAUGAUGGCCGCACCUUGCAGCGCUUUGUGGAAGAGGAGUGCGAUCAUGACGUUCAUCGGAGUGUGGCAUCCGGUCUUUGGGAGUUCAGAAUGGCCGCUGCGAAGUACUUGGGUGGUGGCACGACUCCCGACCAGGUUAUGAAGAUGUGUGCCACGGCUGGUUUGAAGGAAGAGAGUCGUGGUGCACUUUCUCAGGGUCAGAAAGGGCGCGUCUACAUCAUGAAGUCCAAGACGGGUGGCUCGGGUGCUUUGCGCGUGAGAGUGAAAGAGAAUGAUUUGGCACAGGCUUCCGCGGCGUUGGCGAAGCAGUACAAUCCGUUUUCCGAGCUACAGGUUUGUUCGGUAGAUGCCGCUAUCACGGCAUGUGCCCAGGCCUUGAGGUUACAGAUCUUGGCUGCGUCCGACGUCGCACAGCAGCAUCACAAGCAGUUCGUGACUGUCAUCUCGAAGGGGCGCUCGCGCCCAGAAUGCGCCCAGAGCCUGUCACGGCCGAUUUUAAGCCAAGUGACCAGAUUGCCGCCAGAGCAACUUCCUGCCAACAGGGCGGCUCCGUGGCUGUCCCCGCUGGCAAGUCCGCGGUCUGCAGAGACGGACACGGCCCUGGCAUACGGGAAGCCGGGCGCAGACGCUGGGCAGCUCGCUGAGGUCCUUCUUACGUACGUGCGUAGCUUUCAGUGGCGUCAGCGGCACGCUCGCCUUGACUUGCUGUUGCAAAGCACAGGCCGUCGCCUCCAGAAGCGCCCCGUAUCCUGGCUGACCUUGCCCAGUGCGCGCGUGAGGCGUUACAACGCUGGAUGCUUGCCGGUUGUUCUCGGCUCGCCGGACAAUGAUAAGAAGACGGAGCAGGGUGCGCAGGAUAGACAAGGUAAAAUAACCGACCUCCAAGUGAAUGUGCCACCAGCUGUCGCGGUGGCACUGUUAGCAGGCAGAGCAUACGUGCGGCCCACACGCCCGGAGACAGUUUUCAAGCGCAACGCGCAAGGGGUACCAGAGGUCCAGGGCCAAGUCUGGGGCACAGACAGUAUGAGCAAUUCAACCCUGCAGAUGUAUCCACCAGGCACUUUCGGGCCGAUCCUCCCCGACGGGGCCUCUCCCAGGGGCCUUCGAAAGAUCCGCUACAUAGGCUUGCGGUGGCAUAGCCGGGUCGGCAGCGGCGAUCCACUUGGAGUUCUGUCCCCUGAGGGCGAGGUCAUCGGUGGUGGUGGCCUUUUUGAGUUUUGCUGCCAGAGUUUUCUGGUGGCAAGCACAGUGAUGGGAGAGUUUGCUUGUGCUUGCGUAUCCCACGUGCUUGCGAGCUUCGUGACCUACUGCGAGAAGCCAGACGUUUCCUUGGACCAUUUUCACGGGUUGCUUGCCGCAGAACGCGUGCUUUUCAGCUUCUUGCCCUACUCGGCAGUCUUGCUGCAGCAAGAUGUUGUUUCUCACUUCUCCUUGCCACUUCCUUCCCCCUGGCCAGUGACAUUGGCGGCUGUUCCGAACUGUGAUUUUGCGGCCCUCAUACAACUUUAUGACAUGGUUGAGUUAUCGAAAAACGAAAAGGAACCGGCACGCGAACGCUACUGCAAGAACAACGCCAAGCAAGCGAUGAUGUCGACACCCAAGCCAAAGCAGCCGCUGUACAAGCCCCUUUCCUCUGUGGGUGCCGACAAGGGCUUUACACCUGUCAGGCCAAAGCCGAAGGUGUCCACUGCGAAGAAGGAGAAGGCCAAUGGCUAUGAUGGGCCAAGGCCCCCGAAGCAGGCCCCUCCUGGGCGAGGCCCACAGCCACCGAAAGGCCCUCCACCUUCAUCGCUGGUAAGGCCGGCAGAGCCAGCCUGGCCGCCGCGCACGAGCCCAGCUGCACCCAGGCAGCAGAGCGCGGCCCCGACAGCCAAGAGCGUUUCGUGGAUCGAGGGCCUCGACUCCAGCUCGGUCCUGGUGCAGCAGGGGUUCCCAUCCAGUGGUCCGGUUGUGCUGCAUGACCCUGAGAUUCAAGAGGUCAUGAGUGACUCGUCCAACAUCUUGUACGAACUCGCCGAAGACGCGUACGAGCAGCUAUCUCUGCAUCAUGACACCGACUGGACGCAAUUUCCGGAGGUGGGUGAAGCAGUAAAGUCGCUCGGAGUCGAAGAGCUGGCGCUCUGCGUGGCCCUAUGUCCGGGCCGUGCAAAAUGGGGCGUGGGCAUCGCCGGGAACCAGAAGAAGCGUACUCAGGCUGCUAGGCUCUCCCUUUGCCUGGCAGUGGCGUCGGAAAGUCCCGAGCUGGAGGCCGUCUGCCAGAGUCGCCCGUGCUGGGGGGAGUUCUACAGAACGCACGAGGCAGAAUUGGGAGUUGAGGCAGACAGUGGUACCUACCACUACGCACGGAAUCGGAAAGGCCCAGCACAGAAAGGCUCGGUGCGUCGGCCGAAGGAGCCUCAAGAGGAAUACUACGCCAGUGCAUACGACACUGAGGAACCGGAUGAGCUGGCUGAGGAGGAGGGAGAGCCAGGAGAGGUGGAGGAAGAGGAAGUGCCUGUUGAGGAACCAGGACCUUGGGAUGAAGGGGGCAGCGAAGCUCAGGAUGAAGGGGGCAGCGAAGCUCAGGAUGAAGGGGGCAGCGAAGCGCAGGAGCCCGAGACUUGGGAGCCGCCUGCGAAACGACCCAGGACCGCUCCUAGCAAGAGUGUAGCACCGCACUGGCUCUACAUCCAAGACAUGCCGCCAUCCUUGCAGGGCCUCCCGCAAGAGACGCUUGCCCUGCUAGCGGGCAACUGGCGAAGGAAGACGCUCCUGGAUGCUGCAGAUGACGCCCUGGCCGCCGCGCUGGGGGAAGAGGCUGACGAAGUGUACCUGGAGGAUGACCCCGACGCCACCAAGUUUGGCUCAGUGUUCGAGGCUGUGAAGGAGAAAAGCGGGCUGGAAGAGCAGAUCACCGUCGCCAUUUCUCCCACACAGGAGCUCUGGGCCGUCGGCGUGGGCUCUCAAGGGAAGCCACGGGCAGCUGCUGCCAAGGUGGCCCUGGCUACCGAGGUGGCGCUGUAUCAAGCCGACUGCGGAGAGGCUGUGGACCUUUCACAGCUGUCGACCUUCGCAGCCUUUGUGGAGGAAGCACGGUCGGCGAAGGAGUGA